CCGCGCUUCUCUCCGUCUGCCAGCACGCUCGUAUCGCUCUCGACGUUCCCACUCCACCGCGUCCCUCGCUGCACACAGUCACUCGUUCGCUACACACGGUCACUAAUCCAAGCAGCUUCACGCAAUUCGAGCAGGCGGAAACAGAUCCUCAAGACAAGCGCUACAGAAUCCGGUAUACGUCCAGAAGAUCACUAAGCGACUAUGGUGGCGGCAAAUCCACUGUUUCGCGGACGGUGGACGCUCAAGCGGUUCAAUGCAACUGUUAUCAACGAUAUCUGGCCAGAAGUAUUCUUCUUCACCCUCGUGGCUACUAUGGUCACCUGCGUCUCGAAGUUCACGACGAAAGAUCUAGGCGUGAACAACUCGCUGCUCACCGUUCUCGGUACGGUGUUGGGUCUGGUCAUCUCGUUCAGGACCUCAACUGCGUAUGAGAGAUACCAGGAUGGCCGGAAGAUGUGGACGAACAUCACAAUUGCAUCGCGGAAUGUCGCUCAGAUGAUCUGGAUUCAUGUAUCCAACGAUCGCCCACCCAAGGAUGGCCAGCCCGGACAGAGCGUCCUCAAGAGCAUCAUCGAGAAGAAGAGCAUGAUUAAUCUCGUCCAAGCCUUCUCCGUCGCUGUCAAGCACCAGCUCCGCGGCGAGCCCGGCAUCUACUACCAGGACCUCUACCCCCUCCUCUGUUUCCUCCCCCGCUACGCCUCGACCUCGCACACCUCCGACGAUCUCAACCCGCUCUGGUGGGCCUCCGAGGAGGACGCGCACCCGAUGGACCACGCGCACGCGGCCAUGGGCCUCAAUCACCAUAAUAGCACGGCGAACCCGCGCGCGGCGGGCGACAACCCGCACAUGCCCGCGCUGCAGCACACGUCCUCGCUCCCGAACGCAGCGCCGAAGCAUGAUGCGAUGAGCCGGAGCACGGUGGUGGGGGGCGGGACGGAUGAUGGAAGGUCGGAGAAGAGCUGGUUCAAGAGCCUGGGGAGUCGGGGGACGAGUGCGCUUGGGCAUAAUGCGAAUACGCUGACGAGGGAUGCGAGUACGGCGCAUCGUCCGCUGCAUCGUAAGCGGCGCUCGAUGUUCGAUCCCGAGAAGGCGUUGCCCGAUGUGCAGCCGCACCGGCCGUUGCGCCCGGCAAGGAGCCCGCCCAACCCGUCCUUCUACGACUAUUUGCCGGUGUUCAGGUUGUUCCGCUACUGCUACAAGAUACUUGUGGGCAAGCGCAAGGAGGUGCAGCAGCAGCCAAUCGGAGGCAGGAACAUCUUUGGCAAGAAGGUCAACCCCGAGCAGGUCGACUCGAAUGUACCGUUCGAGGUGUGCUUAUAUCUUUCUGCAUACUCGGCUUUCUUGAUGCGCAAGGGCCUUCUGCAACCCGCCAUUGCGUCCGCCCUCGCCAACGCGCUGGGCAUGCUUCAGGACACGGUCACCAAUCUCGAGCGUAUCCGUAGCACGCCCCUGCCUUUCGCGUACCAGGCUCAUCUUCGCAUGUCGCUAUGGCUCUACCUCCUCUUCCUUCCCUUCCAGGUCUACCCUCUCAUGGAUUGGAUUACGAUCCCCGGAACCGCCUUCGCUUCAUUCCUUCUCCUUGGCUUCCUUGAAAUUGGGCAGGAGAUUGAGAACCCUUUCAACUACGACGAGAACGAUCUUGACCUCGACGGCUUCUGCCUCUCCAUCCAGCGCGAGCUGCACGAGAUUACCGCCCACACUGCGCCUGAGCCCUCCGAGUUCGUCUUCAGCAUGUGGAACCAGCCCUUCGCGCCCGCCGACCGGCGCACCGCGUACGAUCUCGUCGGCCCCGCGCGCGCGGACGGGGCGGAGGAAGAGAAGGAGUAUGUCUUCCCGCCGCCGAGGGAGUAUGGCGGCUUCGCGGCGAAUGGGAGGGGCUCGAUGGAGCAGGGUUACCGGGCGUCUGCGGAGCAUGCGAUGGAGGGCGCGCAGGUGCAUGGCGCAGAACCUGGGAUGCCGAGUGUGAGGCGGGCGCUCUUGAAGGGGUGGAGGGAUGUGGAUCUGUUGACGAGGGAUUGGUGAGCGGAUUGAGCCCGUUCAGCUGGCUGAUCUGUCUUCGCCUCGUCGCGGCCAUCAUACGCGGGGCGACAUCCCCCGCCCGUUACCCCCAAAAGCUAGCGCCGUUCUCAUCGUCGGCUGGUCCUGCCGUGGACGGCGCUCCUUGCUAUUUUGCUGUCGAUAUUGGUAUGCUCUGUGCUCUCUCGUUACUCAUUGUGAACAUUCGGUCGGAGACGACCUCAUACCUCAUAGCGGACAUCCAUAUCUUGGCUGAUAAUAACCUCAUAGCAAACUACAAUAACCUCAUAGCGGACUACCAGUGCUUAUGCUCUCAUAUGUUCUUAUGUAUCUAUUUACUGGACGUCUGACGCUGUGCGUCCGUCCUGGCGCUCUUUGGGUUUAGGUUAUUUAGUUGAAUAUAGGCAGUAUAAUGGGAGGAAUAUUAGCUCAACUGCUACUACUGCAA